AUGGCCAAUUUGCUACCAAGUUCUGGCACUUUCCGGAAAUUCACUUGUGAAUCCUUGGCUGCUAUUGAGAAGCGAAUCACUGCCCAGAAGGCAUGCCAUGACCAGCAACCAGAAGAGAAACCUCGGCCCCAGCUUGAUCUGCAGGCUUUUCAAACACUGCCUGCUCUCUAUGGAAAUCCUCCUCCAGAGCUCAUUGGGGAACCACUGGAGGAUCUUGAUCCUUACUAUAGUGAUCACAAGACAUUUAUGGUAUUGAACAAGAAGAAAACAAUCUUCCGAUUUAGUGCUACACAUGCCUUGUGGAUUCUUAGUCCCUUCCAUCCAAUCCGAAGAGCAGUGAUUAAAAUCUUGGUACUCACAUUAUUCACUUUGUUUAUUAUGUGUACUAUUAUAACCAAUUGUGUGUUCAUGGUGGUUAUGCCUGAUAAGACAUCUUCAUCUUCAUCUCCCACCUGGAACAAGUAUGUUGAGUACACUUUCACUGGCAUUUACACUUUUGAAUCAUUGAUAAAAAUAUUGGCAAGAGGAUUCUGUCUGAAUGAAUUCACUUUUCUUCGAGAUCCAUGGAAUUGGCUGGAUUUCAUUGUUAUUGUUCUGGCAUAUGCCGGAGAGUUUAGUGACUUAGGCAGUGUUUCAGUCCUUCGCACAUUCAGGGUACUGAGAGCUUUAAAAACCAUUUCAAUAGUGCCAGGAUUGAAGGUCAUCGUAGGUGCACUUAUUCAGUCUGUUAAGAAACUUGCUGAUGUGAUGAUCCUGACUGUUUUCUGCCUGAGUGUCUUUGCCCUCGUAGGGCUCCAGCUCUUUAAGGGUAAUUUGAGAAAUAAGUGUGUCAGGAACCACACUAAAAUAAAUAACUCAAUAUAUGUGGACAAUAAGACAUGGGACUCUUAUGAUGCCUUCCUUAACGAGUCAGCAAAUGUUGCCAAAAAGAACGGCACCUCAGAUAACUUACUGUGUGGCAAUGGCUCAGAAGCUGGUACCUGCCCAGAGACGUUCAUAUGUCUGAAAGUUGGGAGAAACCCUGAUUAUGACUAUACAAGCUUUGAUACAUUUGGCUGGGCCUUUCUUUCAUUAUUCCGCCUGAUGACACAGGAUUACUGGGAACGUCUCUAUCAGCAGACUCUCAGAACUUCUGGGAGGAUCUACAUGCUCUUUUUUAUGCUGGUCAUCUUUCUGGGCUCAUUUUAUCUGGUCAACUUGAUCCUGGCUGUAGUAACUAUGGCAUAUGAAGAUCAGAACAAAGCUACUAUUGCUGAAACAGAGGCAAAGGAAAGGCAGUUUCGGGAAGCCAUGGAACUAUUAAAGAAAGAACAGGAGGCAUUAGCUGCCAGAGAAAAUGAUACUGCAUCAUUUAACUCCUUUGAAAUGGCCCCUUUGCCCUCCAAAGAAAGCAAAGACAGAAGGAAUAUGAGAAGGAAAAAUAGGUCUCUUGGAAUAGAAGAUCAUGAGGAAGAUCAACAUUUUCCCAAAUCACAGUUCAUUGACAAUCGCCGAAAGUUGACUCUCCUUGGUGUUAAUUAUGACUCCAGUGUAAGCCAAAUGAAGCGCAGGCCCAGCCAUGGGAGUGUAUUUAAUUUCCAGAUACCUGGAAUAGAUGUGGGCUCCAAAACUGAUUUUGGUGAGGAUGAGAUCAGCACUGCUGGGGAAAAUGAAAUUCAGCGUGGGUCAUUGCUGGUUGCACGGAUGGGAAGACACCCAAGUGUGCAAAGUCAAGCGAGCCAUUGUUCUCAUCCCGCUACUCCAAACCACAUACAGAAUGACAAGUGGAACAGCACAGACGAUUGCAAUGGUAUGCCUUCACUGAUGCGAGGAGGAAAUGCCAGGGCUUACCAUCUAGAACCGACUUCCCCUGAAGGGUCACUGCUUCCUCCUGUUAUGGAAAACCCAAGAAAAGGUGAUUUGACCCCUUUAUAUGAUGAGACCAGCAAGAUGCAUUUACCCCGUCAUUUAUCAGUGGAGUACUUCAAUGAGUCACUCCAGAGAGAAAGGGCAGCAAGUGCAGUCAGCAUCAUUACCAGUGCUCUGGAAGAACUUGAAGAAUCACAACGGAAAUGUCCUCCCUGCUUGAACAAGUUUGCUUUAAAGUAUCUUAUUUGGGACUGUUGCCCACUGUGGUUGCAAAUCAAAAAAAGAGUGUCUCUUUUUAUAAUGGAUCCAUUUAUUGACCUCUCUAUCACUCUCUGUAUUGUGCUGAAUACUAUCUUCAUGGCAUUGGAGCAUCAUAACAUGUCAAAAGACUUUAACCACAUGCUAAAAAUAGGCAAUCAGAUCUUUACUGGAAUUUUUACUGCAGAAAUGAUCUUGAAAAUCAUUUCUCUAGAUCCCUACUAUUAUUUUCAACAGCGCUGGAAUAUUUUUGAUAGUUUAAUUGUAACCCUCAGUUUAAUUGAACUGGCUUUACCAAGAGGCAAAGACAAAAAGAAAGGAACUUUUUCCGUUUUACGCUCCUUCAGACUGCUGAGGGUCUUCAAACUGGCAAAGUCCUGGCCAACUUUAAAUACUCUCAUUAAAAUCAUUGGCAACUCCGUUGGUGCCCUGGGGAACCUCACCCUGGUUCUGGCAAUCAUAGUCUUUAUUUUUGCUGUAGUAGGAAUGCAACUUUUUGGGAAAAACUACAAGGAGUACUGCCGGCUAAUAAGUAAGGACUGCCAACCACGUUGGCAUAUGUGUGAUUUUCUCCACUCAUUUCUUAUUGUAUUCCGAAUUCUGUGUGGAGAAUGGAUUGAAACCAUGUGGGACUGUAUGGUGGUGGCUGGAGAACCAAUGUGCCUUUGUGUCUUCUUGUUGGUCAUGGUGAUAGGAAACCUAGUGGUUCUCAACCUGUUCAUUGCAUUGCUGCUGAACUCCUUCAGUGCCACCAACCUGCAGACGGCAGAAGAUGACAGAGAGACCAACAACCUCCGGAUUGCGGUGGCUCGGAUCCACCGGGCAGUUUAUUUGGUAAAAUAUGCAAUGUGGGAUUGUUGCUGUGGAAAACUCUGGCGUGCAAAAAAAACACUCAAAAAGAAAAUGGAAUUGAGUUCCCAGAACAUGUGUGUGGUGACUGUGGAUGAGAGGAAAAAUUGUGUGGAAAAUAACAGAAAUCAUGGGACUGAGAGAAAUGAGGACCAGUGCUCGCUUAGCAUGUUCGAAGACUUUAUCACUAACCCUAAUGUGUUUAUCUGUGUCCCUAUGGCGGAGGCAGAGAAGAUUAGUGAGGAUUAUGAAGACCAUGAUGAUAAAUACAGCAUAUGCACAGAAACAGAAUACAAUAAACAGUCUGAUGUUUUCAGCUCCUCUGAAGCCAGCACAGUAGAUCUGACUGAUCCGGAUGAGAUUCUGAAACAGAUCCCUGAGUUGUGUGAAAACUUAAAGGAACCAAGUAAUUGUUUUCCAGAUGGUUUCAUUCAAUAUUUCCCUUGCUGUAUGGUGGACACCACACAUUUUCCAGGCCGACAGUGGUGGAAUCUGAGGAAAACCUGCUAUAGGAUUAUUGAACAUCCUUGGUUUGAAUCCUUUAUCAUCUUCAUGAUUCUGCUGAGCAGUGGAGCCCUGGUUUUUGAAGAUGUUCAUCUUUCAGAGCGACCACGUAUUAAAAUAAUGUUGGAAUUUCUUGACAAAAUGUUUACCUUCAUCUUUGUCCUGGAGAUGCUUCUGAAAUGGGUGGCUUAUGGCUUCAAGCAGUACUUCACCAAUGCCUGGUGCUGGCUUGAUUUUCUCAUUGUAGAUGUCUCUUUAGCAAGCCUUAUAGCAAAUUUACUUGGCUACUCUGAAGUUGGUCCUAUGAAAUCUCUUAGGACUCUCCGAGCUUUGAGACCAUUGCGAGCACUGUCAAGAUUUGAAGGGAUGAGGGUGGUUGUGAAUGCCCUGGUGGGUGCCAUCCCGUCCAUCAUGAACGUUCUGCUCGUCUGCCUCAUUUUCUGGCUUAUUUUCAGUAUCAUGGGUGUGAACCUGUUUGCAGGAAAGUUUCAAAAAUGUGUUAACUUGACAGAAGAAGAUUCAGAAUUAAGUCAUCUUAUUGAGAAUAAAAACCAUUGUCAAAGCCUAAAUGACACAAAAAAGAUAUACUGGGUCAAUGCUAAGGUCAACUUUGAUAAUGUUGGUUCUGGUUACCUAGCACUUCUUCAGGUGGCAACAUUUAAGGGCUGGAUGGACAUUAUGUAUGCAGCCGUUGAUUCACGAGAGGAAUCAGAACAGCCAAAAAUGGAGUCCAGUCGCUUUAUGUACCUCUAUUUUGUGAUUUUCAUCAUCUUCGGGUCUUUCUUCACACUGAAUCUCUUUGUUGGGGUUAUUAUUGACAACUUUAAUGAGCAAAAGAAAAAGAUAAGUGGGGAGGACAUUUUUAUGACAGAAGAACAGAAAAAAUAUUAUAAUGCCAUGAAAAAAUUGGGAUCCAAGAAACCCCAAAAACCCAUCCCAAGGCCACUGAAUAAAUAUCAAGGGUUCCUCUUUGACAUUGUAACAAGUCAACCGUUUGAUAUUGCCAUCAUAACUCUUAUCUGUCUUAACAUGGUCACCAUGAUGGUGGAAACUGAUGAUCAAAGUACAACCAAGACGGCUGUUCUUAACAAAAUCAAUAUACUCUUUGUUGCCAUCUUUACCGGAGAAUGCGUUGUGAAAUUGUUGGCUCUGAGACAAUACUAUUUCAUCAAUGCCUGGAACAUAUUUGAUUUAAUUGUUGUGGUCAUAUCAAUUGUAGCCACUCUGCUUUCUGACCUUGCUAAGCAAUUCGAAAGUUACUUGUCACCUACGCUCUUCAGAGUCAUUCGCUUGGCUCGGAUCGGACGAAUACUAAGACUCAUCCGAGCUGCCAAAGGAAUUAGAACUCUCCUUUUUGCCUUAAUGAUGUCACUUCCUGCUCUGUUCAACAUUGGUCUCUUACUUUUUUUGGUCAUGUUCAUUUAUGCCAUUUUUGGCAUGACUAACUUUGCCUAUGUUAAGAGGGAGGCUGGAAUUGAUGAGAUGUUCAACUUCCAAACCUUUGCUAACAGCAUGCUUUGUCUCUUCCAAAUCACAACAUCAGCUGGCUGGGAUGGGCUUCUCAGUCCUAUUUUAAAUACUGGACCACCAAAUUGUAACCCAAAAAUACAAGGCAAACUGGGAGAAUGUGGAAAACCUGCUAUAGGUAUAAUAUAUUUUGUAAGUUAUCUCAUUAUAUCAUUUCUCAUUGUGGUAAACAUGUAUAUAGCUGUUAUUUUAGAGAACUUCAAUGCUGCCACUGAGGAAAGUACAAAUCCUUUAGGUGAAGAUGACUUUGAUAUGUUUUAUGAAAUUUGGGAGAAGUUUGAUCCUGGAGCAACACAGUUUAUUCCUUAUGCCUCACUUUCAGACUUUGCAAAUAUUUUGGCAGAACCUUUACGCAUACCAAAACCAAAUCAUCUUGAGCUCAUAGCAAUGGACCUUCCCAUGGUCAGUGGAGAUAGGAUCCACUGCUUGGAUAUCUUGUUUGCUUUUACCAAACGAGUGUUAGGAGACUCUGGGGAGAUGGAUGCCCUUAAAGUACAGAUGGAGGAAAAGUUUAUGGCUGCCAACCCAUCCAAGCUGUCAUAUGAGCCAAUUACAAGUACGCUCAGACGCAAACAAGAGGAGAUAUCUGCUAUUAUUAUCCAGAGGGCUUACAGGAGUCACUUGCUUCAACGUUCCUUGAAGCAGGCCUCUUUUUUAUAUCGUCGUAGAACCAGUGAUGGUGACAUCCUUGAAGAAGAUGCUCCAGAGAAGGAAGGUCUCAUUGCACUUAUGAUGAAUGAAAAUUAUGAUAGGAUUGUAGACAAGUCUGCAAGUGUGUCCACAACCUCUUUCCCUCCGUCCUAUGACAGUGUUACUGGAGCCAAUAAUGACAAUCUCAAGGUACAGAUGACAGAUUCUUUCAAAAGUGAUGACCCUGUAGAUUGUGAACUGUCUGUGGACAGAGAAGAGGGAUCCAUUGUUUAA